AUUUUCAAGAUGAUUUACUGGAAAAGAGACAGCUUCAUGUGUGUAUGGUUCUACCUAAGAAAAUGUCUGGAAAUUGGAAAGGCACGAACAGAAAACGAAAUAAAAAGUUUUAUUGCGGCCACGACGCAAAAAAGAAAAGGAUAGAAGACUUGGCACCUGGGGUUAAAGGAUUUUUAAUCACUUGUAAUGAAAGAAAAGAAGCUCCUGUGGUGUCAGAGGCAUAUGCAUUGCUAAAUGAGUAUGCAGAUAUCAUUUAUGGACCAGAGAAAAUAGAUGAAGAAAAUCCAAAUUCAGAAAGUAGUGAUGAAGGUGAGGACAAAAACAUCGAAGAUGCUCUAAAAAAAGAGGUGUCUGAACUGAAAAGCAGAAAAUUCAAAGAAAGAAGAUUCAAAGCAGCUAAAGUAAAGAUAAAAAACUUAGUAUUUAUAAAGACAACUUUAGAUGAUCCAAAUAAACUCACAGAAGCAAUUUUUACUGAUCUAGAAAAGCAAAAAGUGACAAAGACAAGACGAUGCAUCAAAUGUAUACCUAUUAUGGCAACCUGCUAUGCAUCUGAAAAUGCUAUUAAAAUCCAAACAGAAAAGUUAUUUAAAGAAUUCUUUGAACAAGGAAGGGCAGAUGCUACGUACUGCAUUGUUUUCAAAGCAAGAUGCAACAAUACGGUCAAACGAGAUGGUGUUAUUCAGGAGAUGGGUAAGAUUAUUGAAGAUCUCAACGAACAAUGGAGUGUGAAUUACCACGACCCGGACUAUACAAUAGCUGUUCACGUUAUCACUAAUGUCUGUGGGAUAGGAAUAUUGCCACAUUUCAAAAAAUUCCGAAAUUACAAUCUCCAGUCGUUUGGGCUGGAAAACAAAGCCAAGGAAAGUAAAGGAAAGACACCAGAAAGCACUGUUGGCUGCAAAGAUAUGUCUUCUGCGGAAAAGAUAAAAACAGAAAUGGACGAAGAUCGGAACUGUAACAGAGAAUGUGAAGAGUCAACAAGGAAAGGGGCAGAAGCUAGAGAAAUUUCUUCCAUUGAGAAAGUAGGAGCAACAGAGGAGGAAGAUCGGAACUGUGAAAGUGACAGGAAAGAUUCAAUAGGGAAAGAUGCAGACAAUUUCGAUAAUUCUACAAAUAUAGAGAACGCGUCACUGAAAAGUCCAGAUGAUGAACUGAUCAACAAAGAUGAAAUAUCUUCAAACGUAGAAGAGUAAAAUUUACACGAAGAAAAAUGUUUUAAUAUGACUUGAUAGAAUAUUAAGCUACCACUUUGACUAGUAAUGUGGUAAUUUAAGUUGUAUUCACUUGAGAUUAAAACGUAAACACAUCA